AUGGCAGACCAAACUCGAGAUCGGUGUCACUAUACAACUCUUGGUGUAAAUAAAACCGCAACCUCAGCCGAAAUCAAAAAGUCCUACAGCAAACUCGUCCUAAUCCAUCAUCCAGAUAAGGGCGGGAAACAAGAAAUGUUCGUGAAAAUCCAAGAAGCUUAUGAAACCCUGAGAGAUCCUGUACUGAGAAAGGCGUAUGACAGCAAACAACAAGCGGCCUCGUUUAGAGAGGCGAAGAAAGCAGAAGCCGCCUUUGGAACAGAUUUCGAACCAGAUUUCAAGACCAAGCCCGGACAACCCCCAUCAGGACGAGCUGAUCAACCAAGAAAAGAAUCCGCAGCUCAACGUAGGCAGCGCGAGGAAGAACGCCGUGCCGAGGCGCGACAGGGUAAGUCUUUCUUCAAAGAGCGACAGCCUCGACCUGAUCCUGAUUUUGCGCAACGACGAGCUCGCGCCGACUCCUUCUUCGAAAAUGGCCCUUCCUCUACGGACAAUUCGUUCUUUGACGAUGACUACUUCGAGGCUCAGAACUUUGGAAGGUUCAACGCGCAUACUGCGGACUACCCUCAUCAUACUGACAAGAAUAGAAAAGAACCUCAAGCACGAGAACGAGGGCAGUAUGACCACCCUCGAGAAGAAGCCUCACCGAGGUAUCCUAAGGAAGCAAAGGCGCACGGUCAUGCUUUCCACGAGGCGGAUAUUGAGAUCCUCACAUUUGAGUCUUUAUUGGCUCGCGCCGAACAUCGGCACAAACAUUUCAGCGACAUGUUCAGUAAGCUCCGUGCCACCAUAGGACCUCACUUUUCUCGCCGAAUGUACAAUGAUGUCUGGUGCCAUCUUCAGCAUAUCAAGGAUCUCCUUGCAAAGCGAGUCAUCUCGAUUGAACUCGCCCAGUCAAAUCAUGCACUCAAAGAAUUCCGACAAGGUCUCAAAGAAGGAACACUCAAGCCUUCCAAGGAUACCAUCUCCUCUAUCUUGAGCAAGCUUAACUCCGACUACUGCUAUUUGAAAGGUACUGAAGAACUCAUGUUCGAUGCUUUUGAGCUCGCUGAAAAUCUGAGUGACCGUAUGGAGAGGAACAAUGGCGUGAAAACAGCGCCGUACACAGUUCGUAAAGACCUAACUGACCGUGCCAUGAUUGCUUUGCAACAGCAUGUCAAGAAGUGUCUUUUUAAGUGA